AUGGCUGAGCACAGGGGAAAGGCAGAGGACGACCUCCCGGUAUAUCUGGCCCGACCCGCUUCUACAGAACAAGGAGUUCGACAAAAAUACGGCGGCUUGUUCUGCAGCGUGAGUGACGCCUUCGAGAGCAAGACAAUAGACUUCGAUGCCCUCAGCGUGGGUCAAAAGAGGGGCUCCAGGGCCUCUGGAAGCCCGCAUUCAACCGGACCAGAGGGUGGUUCUGAAGUUGAGAGAUCCAGCAAGGAGACGGAAUCCCUUCAAAGCCUGCAGUAUGAAAAGAGCGACCGGCUUCUUAUCAAAGGCGGCCGGAUUGUCAAUGAUGAUCAAUCCUUCCAUGCAGACAUCUACAUGGAGGAUGGUCUCAUCAAGCAAAUAGGGGACAACCUCAUCGUGCCCGGUGGGGUGAAAACCAUCGAGGCCAAUGGCAAGAUGGUGAUCCCCGGUGGUAUCGACAUUCACACCCACCUUCAGAUGCCGUACCGCGGGACCACCACCGUGGAUGACUUUGCUCAGGGGUCUAAAGCAGCUCUCGCUGGGGGUACCACCAUGAUCGUGGAUCAUGUGAUCCCGGAGGCAGGAAGCAGCCUGAUGGAGGCCUAUGACCAAUGGAGGCAGUGGGCUGACGAGAAGGCCUGCUGCGACUACUCUCUCCACGUGGACAUCACCCACUGGAACGACAGCGUCAAACAGGAGGUGGAAAGCCUGAUGAAGGACAAAGGCGUAAACUCCUUCCAGGUGUACAUGGCUUAUAAGGACUACUACCAGAUGAGCAACAGCGAGCUCUAUGAGGUGUUUACCUUCUUGGCAGAAAGGGGGGCCAUUGCUCAGGUCCAUGCGGAAAAUGGAGAGAUCAUUGCAGAGGAGCAGGCCCGUAUGCUGCAGAUGGGAAUCACAGGACCGGAGGGACACGUGCUAAGUCGGCCAGAAGAGCUGGAGGCGGAGGCCGUGUUUCGGGCCAUCACCAUUGCUAGCCAAACCAACUGUCCUCUUUACGUGACCCGCGUGAUGAGCAAGAGCGCCGCCGACAUCAUCUCGCAGGCUCGCAAAAAAGGAAACGUUGUUUUUGGGGAGCCAAUCACGGCCAGCCUGGGUACGGACGGGACACAUUACUGGAGCAAAAACUGGGCUAAAGCAGCUUCUUUUGUAACAUCACCACCCCUCAGUCCUGACCCGACAACUCCAGACUACCUGAACACGCUCCUGUCCAGCGGAGACCUGAGUGUGACUGGCAGCGCUCACUGUACGUUUAGCGUGUCGCAGAAGGCCAUCGGCAAGGACGACUUCACUCAGAUCCCCGAGGGAGUCAAUGGGGUGGAGGAGAGGAUGACCCUCAUCUGGGACAAAGCUGUGACUUCAGGCAAAAUGGACGAGAACAUGUUUGUGGCAGUUACCAGCACCAACGCAGCUAAGAUCCUGAACCUGUACCCGCGUAAGGGUCGGAUCGCCGUCGGCUCCGACGCCGACCUCGUCAUCUGGGACACCGAUGCCAUCCGAACCAUCACGGCAAAGAAACACAACUCGGCUGCUGAGUACAAUAUCUUUGAGGGCAUGGAGUUGCGCGGCGCGCCUCAGGUGGUUAUCUGUCAAGGAAAGAUCGUCCUGGAAGACGGCAACCUGCACGUGAACUCGGGCGUGGGCCGCUUCAUCCCUUGCUCGCCGUUCCCCGACUACGCCUACAAGCGUGUUAAAGCCAGGAAGCAGCUGGCUGUCUUGAGGGCAGUGCCCAGGGGAAUGUAUGACGGCCCAGUGUCGGAAUUUUCCUUGUCGCGGGGCGGCACCCCGUCCGCCUCGGCGCGCACGUCACCCACCAAGCAGCCUGUCAGGAACCUGCACCAGUCCGGGUUUACUCUAUCAGGUCCCCCCACCCCUGAUGACACCCCUACAAGGCCUGCCGGUCGUCGUAUUAUGGUGCCCCCUGGUGGCCGUUCCAACAUCACUUCCCUCAGUUAA